CUGCUGCUGUGAAACAGAAAAAUAGAACCUUGCAAAUUAACUAGGGCAAGAUGCACUAAACAGCGUGAUAAAAUUAAUCAGCCCAGUAAACAUAUUUUCUGUAUGUGUUUGUGUGUCAGUAUUCUGGUUCCCCAUCAUGGAAAGCAGACUGAAGUUAGAAAGCAUGUCAGGGACAAUGGGAGAAUGACAAUAAAGAAAAAGAGGAAAGAAUUUCAUGAGGAGCCUGUACAGAAAAAGGUGAAGACUAUAAUUAAAAUUGAGGAAGAUGUUCAAACUGGCAUUAAAAGUGAAGACAGUGGCCAUCUCAAGAAAAAGAAAAGGAAAAAGGAAAAUUUAAAAGAUGAAUGUUUACACAUAAUGCAACCAAAGAGUAGUAAGAAAAACAGGAAGAAGAAAGUUGGCUCUGAAUUACUCAGAGAAGCUCAUUUAGAAAGCUUUGUGAAUAUGAAAGGUCAUUUGGAUUUACAACUUCAAGAAGAAUCAGAGGAACAAAUUAAAAUGCUCAAAAAGAAGAAAAAAAAAGUCCAGUGUCAUUUUUCCUUGGAGAAUAAUGAGAGCAGUGACGUGGAGCUUUCAAAUGAUCACACAGAUGGUACUAGGAAAAAGGAAUUAUCUUUAAAAAAAAAGAGAAAGAAUACUGCUUUGGAUAUGGAAUUGGAUGGUGAGGUAACAAAGAAAAAAAAGAAGAAAGGCAGUUUUUCAUUAGAGGACAUCCAGCACAGUGAACAAAAGCAAUCUUCAAAAGUUUGUAAAAACACCCACAAAUACAUUUCACAAGAAGCAGAUUUUUUGGGUAAAAACUAUGACACAGAUAAUGCCCAGAAUGAUGGGGAGAGUUGUGUGAGAAGAAAGAAGAAGAAGAAAAAGAAAGAGAAGUCUGACUGCUUUUUACCUCUGGCAGAUAAUGAGUACAACAUACAUCAAGCUCCUGGUAGCCCCACUGCAUUAAGUGACUUCAGAAAAAGGAAGAAAGAUAAUUCCUGGGAAUUUACAUUGACAAGCAGAGAGGAAGAGGACAAAAUUAAGAACUUCAGGAAUACCAAAGAGAGGAAGAAGAAGAAGAAGAAAAUAAAAGAAAUUUCUUCCUCAGCUUGUGAAGAUGUGCCAGACUGCAGUCACAGCAUUCCUGAUAAGCAUCUCCCAGCACAGCAGGACGUUGAGCCUGAGGAAGAAGAGCUGUCUGGAAAGAAACAAAGCAAGAAUUUCAAGGAUAAUUAUGAAGUCAGUAAGAAAAAAAAGAAGAAGAUUAAGAAGGAGGAGGAAACAGCAUAUUCAGAAGUUUCUUUAAACAAUGACAGUGCCUCUAAAAGCCACAAAAUACUACUGGAAAGCAAUGAAAAGGACAAAGUGAGUGAACUGGAGCAAGCUCAGUGUCUUACAGGGGAAUCAUGCAAUAGCAAUCCCGUACUAUGUGACAGAAAAAGGAAAAAAAGGAAAAAAGUACCACCACAGGACGUGGUUGAAGAACCAGGUUCAAAAGCAGGUCCAAAGAAGAUCAAGACAGAAUCACCAUGGAAUGAGUCACUGGAACAUCUAGAUGGUGUAAUUAUUGUUCGGGAAAAGAAAGGAAACUGUGAUGAAAUUAGCAUAGACAAGGUGAGGCGGCAGGCCCUGCAAGAAGAAAUUGAUAGAGAAUCUGGCAAAACCAAGGCUUUCAGUUCCAAAGGGGGACAGGAUACGAAGCUUGGACAGUGGAGUACAGCUACUUUUAAAAGUUCUGCAGAACAAAUGAAGUUUUUUAGACUGAUGGGUGGCUUUAAAGAGGGUUCUGUGCCUAUCCAAAAUCCCUCAGCAACUACAAACAAACCCAAUAUGGCUCUGAAUAUGGAAGGGCAGGAGAAGUUACAGCAGGCUCUGAAGACGGAGUUUGAUAAAGCAAUGGACUUGAAGCAACACAGAGGAAUUGGUCUUGGAUUUCAGCCUACUGCCAACAAAAAAGUAUACAUAGACAAAUAUGCAUCUAGAUCUAUAAAAUUUGAAGAUUAAAACUCAGAAGUAAUCAAAAGAGUGAAAUUUACCUUCCACAUCUUUUUACUUGAAAUAAAAUAACUAAAUGCUGAAGAAACUUCAUUUAUGUACUUUAAGUACAAGUUUUCAAGUGCAUCUACCAGUGCAGCUGGGUCCUCACUUCAUCCAAACAGUUCAGUUCUUGAAACCUUUAUCAUGUUUUUUCUGCAAGGCAAGAGACAAACUCCUUCAAAGACUGAAGAUGUGUGCCAUACCUGCAGUUAGCUGAAAUUCAGAAUUUUUUUUUAAAUGCUGAUUUAAUAAACUUAUCUAUAUCUUAA